UUGAGAGACUUUUUCUUACAACGGUAUAGGAAAUCUACUAUUUCCUUUAAUUUUUCCUGGUUACAGGUCAUUCCCUCCGAACUGGAAGCGUUACUGGUCACUCACCCAGGAGUUGCCGAAGCGGCUGUCGUCGCCAUUUCUGAUCAUGAGGCUGGAGAGAGGCCCGUAGCCUUCGUUGUUCUUAACAAAGAUAAACCGGCGAGUACAAAGCAAAUAAUGGACUAUGUCAAUGAACGCGUGGUACGAUACAAGAGAUUGGUGCAAGUGAAUGUGGCUCAAACGCUUCCUCGAUCACCUUGCGGCUCGUUAUUACGUCGACUUCUCGCUCAGGCUGCUGUCCUCAGUGUCUGCAAUAUGCCUUGA